CCAGGGCCGUCCUCCGAGCCGCUGGGAUAUAACUUGGGAGAAGUUCUUUGUAUUCGGGACAGUCAGACAGCUUGGCCCACAAGCUGAACAUGGACUGGGGCACAGAGCUUUGGGACCAAUAUGACAUCAUUGAGAAGCACACACAGUCUGGCCUGGAGCUGGUGGAGAAGUAUGUGAAAUUUGUCAAGGAGAGGACAGAGAUUGAGCAAAACUAUGCCAAACAACUGAGGAACCUUUCAAAGAAAUAUAACCUAAAACGAAGCAGCAAAGAUGAACCAGAGUGCAGAUUGUCCAGCUACCAGUCCUUUUUGGACAUCCUGAAUGAGAUGAACGACUAUGCCGGGCAGAGAGAGCUUAUUGCUGAGAACAUGAUGAUGAACAUUUGCAUUGAUCUCACCAAGUACCUGCAAGAACUCAAACAGGAACGAAAGACGUAUCUGAUGGACGCCAAGAAGGCCCAGCAGAGUUUGGAGAGCACCUACAAGCAGCUUGACAGUAGUAAAAAGCGCUUUGAGAGGGAGUGGAGAGAAGCAGAGCGUGCAGCACAGUAUGCAGAGAAGACUGAUCAAGACAUCAAUGCAACAAAAGCAGAUGUUGAAAAAGCCAAACAGCAGGCUCAUAUGAGAGCACAUGUAGCGGAGGAGUGUAAGAAUGACUACGCUGCUCAGCUUCAGAAGUACAACAAGGAGCAGAACCAGUUCUAUUUUAAUGAUAUGCCACUCAUUUUCAACAAAUUGCAGGAUCUGGAUGAGAGACGAGUACAGAAGCUGGCGCAAGGUUACAUCUUGUUCUCAGACACAGAGAAGCAUGUGAUGCCUAUCAUUGGCAAGUGCCUGGAAGGCAUUACUAAAGCCGGCACUAAUGUUAAUGAGAGGAAUGACUCCAUGGUCGUAAUAGAGCAGAACAAGUCGGGCUUUGAGCGUCCUGGAGAUGUGGAGUUUGAGGACUACAGUCAGGGCAUCAACCGAGCCUCAUCUGACAGUAGCCUGGGUACACCUAAAGGCCCCAUGGACCUUCUGGGAAAGAACAGGAGCAAAAACUUUUGGCUUUUCAGCAAAAGGAGUAAGCUCUCUCCCUCCACGGUCCCACCUUUCUCCACACCCCCUGCCCCCUCGCCUGCUAACGGACCCCCUUCCCCCAAGUUUGGCCGGGACCCCCUGUCGUACUGUUUGAAGGAGAUCAAUAAGACAGUCAAACCCAGAAUCUCUUCCUUCCGGACACUCAGGAGAUCGAAGUUUACUCCAGAGAGAAUCACGGCUACAGUGACAGAGGACUUCGCGCAUCUUCCUCCAGAGCAACGCAGGAAGAGGUUACAACAAAAACUAGAGGAAAUUUGCAAGGAAUUGCAAAAGGAAAUAGAUCAGAGUGAGGCCCUGGGGAAGAUGAAAGAUGUUUAUGAGAAAAAUCCUCAAAUGGGAGACCCUGCUAGUCUGGCAUCCCAAAUCAGCCAGACAUCCCAGAAUAUAGAGCGGCUCAGAGGAGAACUCAACAAGUAUGAGACUUGGCUGGCUGAAGCAGGAGGUCGAGGGGACACAUUGCGCUACAAAACUCACACAUUCAACAAUAACGGAGCUCAUGAUGUACAAAGCCCUGAUGGAGCUCAGUCCGAUGAAAGCACUCCCGAUCCAUCCCAAGCCAUCUAUGCAGAGUUUGAUGAUGACUUUGAAGAUGACGAACUAACUGCUCCUAUUGGGAAAUGCACAGCCAUGUACAACUUCCCUGGUGCAAGUGAAGGGACCAUCUCUAUGCAGGAGGGGGAGGUGCUGGCUGUGGUAGAGGAGGACAAGGGGGAUGGCUGGACCCGUGUCCGCAGGAACAAUGGGGAUGAGGGCUACAUACCUACAUCUUAUGUCACAAUCACCCUAAACAAAUGACAGACACACACACACACGCAAGGAACAACAGAAGAAGAGAUGAACACUUCACAAAACUGAAUGCAGUUCUCCCCAUGGGACCAGUCGUAAAGAAGCCACAGCACUCUUGGUGAGACCACUGGUGUAUCCAGAAAGAGAUCCAAUGAGGUGCUUUGAUUUCUUGAGAGAGUUGCCCCAUAUGAGCAGAGGAAUGGUGCUGACAGUAUGUUCCGCAUGGCUCACAUUACAUUAUUGUACUCCAAGUUACCCAAGACACCUAAACCACAAGGUUAUUCUAGUUUUGAUUGCAUGUCACAAUAAUUUUUUGGUUUUGGUUAAUAAGUGUUGCAUGGAUCUUAGGCACCAUCGCGGUACAAAUGCUUUCCUCGUUCCACAGCCUAAUAAGGUAUCAGCUUCCUGAAUCUGAGAGGUAAUCUUAAGUAAAGGAGGAGGAAGAUGAGUGCUGCUGCCAUCUUUACACUGAGUGUUAAUACCAGUAAUACUUAGGAGGAAGUUACCUCACCUGUUUACCAAUUUCAGAUUAAAUUUAAAAAAAAAAAAAAAAAAAAAAAAAAAAAAAAGAUGCUCUGACCCAUGACAGUCCACUCCACUGCUGAACAUAGGAUAUAAUCUGUUGCAGUUUUAUUUGUCUCCAGCGUGCCACUUUCUAGCUUUAUUAGCACUUGCGAAGAUGUAUGGCACCGUCACUUUGCUCAUGAUUGGACUUGAGAUCUUGAGUAAUCCCCAGGUGAUGAGUGAGGUUUUGCGGAGAAUGCUUCACUUUUGGUUUUCAGCCGUUUGUGAGACCAAAGGUGUGGACAGCUCUCCUGUCAUGGUUUAAUCACGUGCACACAACAGUACAAACACUUUUAACAUUCAGACAAUCACAGCCAUAUCAUCAUUUAAGUUCAGUCUAUAGCAGUAACAGGAUAUACAGUAGCUGUUGUUUUGUAAUAGUUACAACCUGAAAAUUGUACUAAAAAUAAUUUAUUACAAAUGUGUAUGUUCUAUAAAUAAUAUUUUCAAGUUUGACAGAAGUUGUACUUUGUAUUAAGGAUGUUCUCACGUUGUUCAUUUCCCCUUGCACACAUAGUGGACAGUUUGUAGCCACAAAAGGGAGUAAAUAAGUCACACAUAAAAUGUGCUACAUUAAGACUAUUGUAUUUAUGUAAUAAAUAAUAUAUAUUUUAGCUAUCACAACACCACUAUUGUCUUAUUAGCUUUUUCACCAUUCAAAUAAAGAUAGACACAUUGUGAGCGAAAACUAAAAGUCUCUUACUAUGUUGCUAAUGUUUUGUUGGAUUAACUUCAAACCUUUCAAGUUGAUCCUUGUCCUGUUUUUAUGUUGUUAUUGAGCCAGCAAGAAGCAGUAACUGCUCAUGUGUCUUUGGUGCCUUUCUGGUUAAAAGCAUUGUGUAUAUACCAUUUUUGCAUUUAAGAUAUCUUUUUUUUUUUUUUUUUUUUCAAGACUUAAUAAAUGC